AUGAUACUGCAAGAGCGCCUAUCAAGCUCUCGUUCAUCGUCUAUAUCGUCACGGUCUCCUUCAACUAAGAAUCAGCGUGUAUUUUCUGCCCAUGGAAAGUCUAGAUAUGGUGGUACACCGACAAAGAUUACUGUUGAUCUGUCACCUUUGGAUCUGAUACCACAUCGCCCAGCACCAAAGCCUCCUAUAGAAUAUGGGAAAAGUGUUGGAGCUUUUGAAGUCUCGUCUAUUUCUGACCGUUCUCACCUUAUGUCAGAUACUUUAGAUUCGACAUUAAGCUCUUUUACAUCACCUUCACUGCAAUCAAAUGUUUUGCCGCAGACUUCGCCAUUAUCUCAUAGAUCAGGACAUACAUCUGUGGACGUAUCUAGAAAAGUGUCUUCAUAUUCUACACGUAGUGAAUAUCGCAACAUUUCUAAUCAUACUAUGCGGUCUUCGACGAGGACUGGUAAUACUAAAUCUGUUAAGAAUGUUUUGGGGCAUUUUGUCAAUAGUAUGACAGAAGUCUUGCGAUCUCAAAGGAAAGCAGUGAUAUCUGUUCCAUAUGAUCCUGUUCAUCUUAUACAUGUUGAUUUUGAUAUAAAGACACGUAAAUUUGUUGGUUUGCCAAAGGAAUGGCAGAAGAUUCUUGUUGAAAACGGUAUUUCGCAAAAAGAACAAGAGGAAAAUCCACACGCAAUUAUGGAUAUUGUUGCUUUUUAUGCCGAUGCAACCUAUUCACCUAUUUUUGGAUCUAUAGAUGAUAGUUUUCAAACGAUGCGAGAUAAUUCAGAUUUAUUUGGUUCUGAACCAUUUAAAGAUUCUUUAAUAUUGUCAUCAACGACAGUUUUUCCAAAAAAGUCUGAAGUUUCUUCGGAUAUUCCUUCUUUACCUUCUGGUACGAAACAGCAAGUUUUAGGAACAAAUAAAAGAAUUAGUGCUUCAUUGUAUCCAUUAUCUUCAAAACAAUUUCAUUUUUCCUCUAAAAAAAAUAAAGAUUUUCCUGCGGUCCUAAAAAAGUCAAAAACCUUAAAUUUAGGUCAUAAGAAACAAGAACCAUCUUUGAAAAAAGUACCUAGUUUCAGAUUUUUAGAACCUGAAAUGGAUUCUCAGUUACCACCCUUUUCAGAUAACUCUAUAUCAAAAUCUCCUCAAAGUUUGAAAGAUACUUCAUUAAAAUCAUCUGUAUCUAGGGAGUUAUCGAGGACGAACUCUCAUGCGUUAUUAAAGCUGAAAUUUAUAUGUAAUACUCAGGAUCCGACUAAAUUAUAUCGUAACCUUGUGAAAAUCGGUCAAGGUGCAUCUGGCGGUGUUUAUACAGCAUAUCAAGUUGGUACAAAUAUGAUUGUUGCAAUUAAGCAAAUUAAUCUUGAACAUCAACCUAAGAGGGAUUUGAUUAUAAAUGAGAUUCUUGUUAUGAAGCAAAAUAAACAUGAAAAUAUUGUAAAUUAUAUUGAUAGCUUUUUAUUUAAAGACGAUUUAUGGGUUAUUAUGGAAUAUAUGGAAGGUGGUUGUUUGACUGAUGUUUUAAUGUCAAAUAUUAUGACAGAAAGUCAGAUUGCAACUGUUGUAAAAGAGGUUCUCAAAGGCUUGAUAUACUUGCAUUCGAAAGGUGUUAUUCAUCGAGAUAUCAAGUCUGAUAAUGUUUUAUUGUCUCUUGAAGGUCGCAUUAAACUAACUGAUUUUGGGUUUUGUGCAUUUUUUAAUGAAUCCUGUGCUAAACGUACUACCAUGGUUGGGACACCAUAUUGGAUGGCUCCUGAAGUUAUUACUCGUAAAGAAUAUGGCCCAAAAGUCGAUAUUUGGAGUCUUGGCAUCAUGUGUAUCGAAAUGAUUGAUGGUGAACCACCUUAUCUUGAUGAAAAUCCUCUUAGAGCUCUUUAUCUCAUUGCAACUAACGGAACUCCUCGUAUUACUCAGCUUGAGAAUCUUAGUCCUUCUUUUCGUGACUUUUUAAAUCAGACUCUUCAAGUUGAUCCUGAUCGUCGUCCUUUUGCUUCUGUGCUUCUUCUUCAUGGUUUUUUUGACAAAUCUUUGCCUCUCAGUUGUCUUAUUCCUAUCAUCCGUGUUAGUAAGAAGCAGAUAAGGAACACUCCUCGUGUUUUAUCAUAG